AUGUGUGGAGCUGACCUUCUUACUGACGCCAUUGCCGCACUUGUCGUUUCUGAAGACCCUGUCCCAUUCUUCACACCUGUCUACAAUAAUGGCCAUCGAAUCCUCCCAAAUGCUUGUGCAACGUCAUCCACUUCAGCGUUGGGCCAGUCCAUCCCGGGGCUUGUCCGCUCUGGUUCAUCUGGCAGGACUCUCAAGUUUCGUCUGGUCGUUCAACUGGUAUGCUCUAAUCCUUCUAUGCGCGCAAAAGGUGCUGACUUUCCUGGCAGGAUGCAUGAGAAUCCCAAUCAGGCCAACCAAGCAUAUGGCUGGCACUUUCAGUAUCUCACUGUCAUCGGUCUGUCCCUGUCCACGGUGACUUUUGCUGUGGCCCUACUGGCGGACAUCACGUUGUCUCGUCGCCUGUUCUUGAUCAAAAACAUCCUGUCUGUGUGUAGUGCUCCGAUGGAGAUUCUGAUCAGUGUGCUGUACUGGGGUCUUCGUUCGAUUGACGAGCGCUUGGUAAUCCCGGAGUGGGCGUUUAUCCCCAUGAAUGCUGAUAUCAGUUUCCAUGCUGUCCCAUCAGUGGUGAUGCUGAUUGACCUUUUGUUCCUUUCUCCACCGUGGACCAUCACCGUCUGGCCCGCUCUCGGGCUGUCCGGAGCGAUUGCCUUUGGCUACUGGUUCUGGGUCGAGCUGUGCUUUGAGAACAACGGAUGGUACCCCUAUCCCAUCUUUGAGCAGCUGCCCACCCCCGGCCGCAUUGGCCUUUUCUCCAUGAGUGCCAUCAUGAUGGCGCUGAGCACGAGCACGCUCAAGUGGCUGUAUGGUCGUGUGAACGGCUUUGGAACUCUCGGUCUCGGUCUGCACGCUCUUCUGACUACUCCUUCACCCCAAUCCCCCGUCGAGAUGCACCUCAGUCCCAUCAGCCUUUCUAUUCCGUCCAGCAUGCUCGGCAGUCGGCUCAACUCCGCCGCGUCGGGCUCGCUCGCCUGCCCUCUCCGGUCGUUGUCCAAGCAGCCCGUACGAUCAGCUCACACCAUGUCUACACAACUCAGCAGAAAGACAAUAAUCCGGCCAUCUGCAUGCUCUGCCCUGCAGCUGGUCUCCCAGCCGUGCCCCCGUACCACUCCAUCCCCCGUCGCCCGACACGUUGGCCUUCGUGCGCAAUCGACUUCCGCCCCGGCAACCGAACAAGUGAAGCUGGACUGGGACUCGUUCUUCAAGCUCCGGGCAUCUCGCCGUCGAUACUCGCUGGCUUCAUCAAUUGCAACCUCCCUCGCCAGCACCGCAAUCGGCGUUCAGGUGCUGUCUGCACAAGACCUGGAAUCUCUCGGCGCCCAGGUGAUGGGCCUGGACCCCUUCGUCGUCCUGGGUCUGGCGACAGCAGCAUGCGGUGCUGUGGGGUGGUUGGCUGGUCCAUUUGUCGGCAAUGCAGCCUGGGGGCUGGUGUACCGACGGUACAAGCCAUCUGUUGCGGUGAAAGAAAAGGAGUUUUUCGACCGCAUCCGCCGGUAUCGCGUGGAUCCCUCGACCAACUCGAUCGCCAACCCCGUGCCCGACUACUACGGCGAGAAGAUCGGCAGCGUGCAAGGAUACCGGCAGUGGCUCAAGGACCAGCGGGCAUACAACCGGAAGCGUCGUAACUUCAUUAAGUGA